AUGAGUACUGGCAGUCAACCCCAUGGCCAGCUGGUGCGUCUCCGCGCCCUCACCCCAUCACAGCUCCCUGCCCACCCGGACCUGGCAGCAUUGCAAGCCGGCGCUCCGGCAUUGCCAGACCUGGAAACCUUCAUCACUAGCAUCUUGACUGAGGCCUCGACUUUUAUGACCGACUACCUACCAAACAACUUUGCCAUCAAGGACCGCUCGAAGAAAUCUCCGCCCGCAAAGGCUACCAUCCAACUUCUGGCUCACGAGAUCCCUGCUCAGCAAUUGGGUCCCAAUGCACACGACGAGGCAUGGUUUGCACGUACAAGUCUUCACGAAAACAAGAAGGAAUUAGGCACUGCCAACUGGGACGAGUUCGAAGCUGGUAUUCUUGAUGACCACAGUCUGCACGAGUCACAAUACACUCCGGACGUGUUUGAUGCCCACAAAGUUCUAUCCUGGGAUCCAAAGUUGGCCGAGAAGCAAGCCAAGGUUGGCAAUUGGGUAAAGGUUGGCCUGAACAUCUUUGAGAUGGGCCAUCAUAUCCCACCUCCUUUGGACAACCGCGCCUUCCCGGUGCUUGUUGUUACAGCUCGCUCGGCUGGUCCCAAUAACCCAUCCUUCCUGGUCGUUCAGAUUCCGGUCGACAUCACGAAGCUUGACAAGGCAAUGUACUCCACACAGAAGAACAAGCUUGCAGGUGACACUGCCGAAAAGAAGAAGCCUGUCACCCUUGGCCAGUACGUCAGCAUUGAGCGCUGUACCAUGGUCGAAGAUAUCAAUGUAAAGUGGCAGAUGGCUACAGCCAGCGAUGCGAAGGGCAACCUACCAAUGUGGGCACAGAAGAUGGGCAUCCCCGCUGCUAUCAUCAAGGAUGUCGGUCUCUUCAUUGACUGGAAUGAUAAGAAGAGAGGAUGA